GGGGCGGGGGACCCGGGUGACGCAGGAACCGGCACCCACAGACCCCGGCUUCCCUUUGCCGGCGCUGCGGCAGGAGCCGGGCAUGGCCGUGUCCGAGCCCAACCUCUACGAGCGGCUGCAGAUCCAGUACCCGCCCAGCCCCGCCCGAGGUCCCCGCUCCGCUCCGGCCGCAUCCUGCUGCGCGCUCAGCACCGCCCUGGCCACGGGCACCGGCCUGGUGCUGGUGCUGGGGGCAGCGCUGGCGGCGGUCAUCGUCCUGCACAUGCAGGGCCAGGCAGAGCUGCGGGCAGCGCGGGCAGAGCUCACAGCAGUCGGGACCCAUCUGCUGCCCGAGCCCGAUGGUACCCGGAGCCCCGCUGAGAGCCUGGCAGCGGUGCAGAAGCGGAAGGAGCAGCUCGGCUGCUGGCUGCAGGCUCUGGCGCUGGGCUGGCGGCACCACCGCGGCCACAUCUACUUCUUCUCCGGGGAGCGCAAGCCCUGGCGCGAUGCCGAGGCCGCCUGCCGCGCCGUGCACGCGCACCUCGCCUCCGUCACCGGCCCCGACGAGCAGGACUACCUGGCACGGGAAGCAAGAGGAGGAUCCUAUUGGAUUGGGCUGACGGCCACGGGCCCGGGGGGGUCCUGGCACUGGGUGGACGGGACCGCCUACAGCCAGGCGCAGAGCUUCUGGGCGCCGGGGCAGCCGGACGGCACCGACCACGGGCAGUGGGGCCGGGAGAGCUGCGCCCAGAUCCACCCCGUGGGCAACGGGCUCUGGAACGACCACAACUGCAACUUCACCUUCCCCUGGGUCUGCAAGAGGGACCUGAGCGCGCCCUGA